CUACUUGCCACAGAGUACUCCAUAAGUAUACAUAUCUCAAGCAUCCCUUUACACUCAUUAUCAUAUACCUUUAAUUAUCAUACAAUAUGCCACAUACAGUGGCACCUACAGAAACCACUUAUAUUGACCAUAGCCGAAUUGAUGAAUAAAAUGUCCCCAUCACCGGCAUCUCCUUCCUCAUCACCACCAAUCCGACAAGAACCCAGCACCCACUUCUACCCCUCUCUAUCUCCAUCUCCACCUCCAUCUGACUCGAUGGCUCAGCAUCAUGGCAACAUCGAAAAUCAUCUCGACCGCUACGAGAGAUCCACUUCUCUAACGGGAAGCAUCCGCAUCACCGUUGAAUCUUCCUCCUCUUCCUCUCACAGCGAGGUGAACUCGAAAUCAUCUUGGUGGAGAUUAUAUCACGACUAGUCCUAUGAAUUUAGUGUCUGUUUGAAUGAUUGAGUGAGAGUUGUAUUUUACAUCAGUCAAGACUACAAUGGUACUGUUGAUUAUGCAGAGCUUAAUGAUUGAGAU